AUGGAGGCAGAAGACAACGAAUAUAGUGAGCCUGUUGAAAAAACUAGCAGUACUUCUCGGCAACCGCAGAAUGAGGAUUUCAAGAAUUUUGACAUCGUCAGAGCCACACAGUAUGGUGCAUACGAAAGAUGCCGUGAACUUAUUGAAGCAGAUUAUGAUGUCAACACAUUGGACAAAGAAAAUGUCAGUCUUCUACAUUGGGCAGCUAUCAAUAACAGAACAGACAUCGUCAAAUAUUACCUUCUCAAAGGAGCCAUCAUUGAUAAAUUUGGAGGAGACCUAAAUUCUACCCCUUUGCACUGGGCCACCAGGCAAGGUCACCUGACCAUGGUUGUGGUGCUUAUGUCUUAUGGUGCUGAUCCUUCCUUGAGGGAUGGUGAAGGUUGCAGUUGUAUUCAUUUGGCUGCCCAAUUUGGCCACACAGCUAUAGUGGCCUAUUUGAUAGCCAAAGGCCAAGAUGUUGACAUGUUAGAUAAGAGUGGAAUGACCCCUCUUAUGUGGGCUGCAUACCGAGUCUUCAGCCACGAUCCUGCCCGCUUACUGCUAACAUUUGGUGCCAGUUUAAAUAUCACAGACAAAUCCAAGAAGAAUUCUCCAUUGCACUGGGCCUGCCAGUAUGGAAACCAUGUUGUUAUUAAGAUCUUAGUGGAAGCUGGGGCCAAUAUGGAAGCUGUAAAUGCCAAGGGAGAAACUGCCUUAGACAUUGCUAUGUCUUUAAGGAAUGGUUCUAUUAUCCGAUGGUUACGCAAUGCUCGUGCUGAACGGGGCAUUGGUCAUAAACACUGCUUACAAGCACUGACAGCCAAAAAGUCGGUGCGUGACACAGUGAUGAGCGUCUUCCCUUUUGUUGCUCUCUUUGUGUUGGGUUUCAUUCCAGAACUUUCUCUCAAGUGGUACUACAAAUUACUUCUCUACCUUGUCACGGCUGGAGUUGCAAAACUCACAAUAGAACUAUUUUUUGACAAUAAUGUUAGUGUGGUCGUUCCCAAGUACGUGUCCCUGGCCACACUUUUCUGGUUGUAUGCCACGUGGUUCACUUACCUGUUGCCUUAUUUUCCAACACACAAAGUUCCAUGUGUGUUUGGUAUUUUCACUGCUGUUAUGUCAUAUAAUUUAUGGAAGAGUUGGCGCUCCGAUCCUGGUUUUAUUUCUGCUACUCAAGAAGAAAAGUAUCAGACAAUUUUAGAAUUUGCAGAGUUGCAGUCGAUCAGCAUGAAUCAGUUUUGCAGCACAUGUGUUGUGAAGCGUCCAAUUCGUUCAAAACAUUGUUCUGUUUGUAAUAAAUGUGUUGCCAAGAUGGACCACCAUUGCCCUUGGGUUGAUAACUGUGUCGGGGCAUUGAACCACAAAUAUUUCCUUGGGUUUCUGGUUUUUGUGCUUGGAACCUUGAUUAUUUAUCUCCAUAGUUGUGCUCUCUUCUGGGCCCACAAUUGUCCGUGGGAUUUUUACGAAGAAGGAAUCACUGGCAUCAUCACAAAAAUCUUCACAACGUCUCCCUGGGUUGGUUGGACAGCCAUCAAUGCCUUGGGGCACAGCAUUUGGGUGACACCUGUCUUAGUGUGUCAAUUGUACCAGAUCAUGUGGCUUGGCAUGACAACCAACGAACGAGUUAACAUGGCCCGUUACAAACACUUUCACCACACGAAACAAGAAAAUGGCAAAAUUGAGUACAGAAGUCCGUUCCACCGUGGAUGUAUCAAGAAUCUCAUUGAUGUGCUUGGAUGGAGUUGUUGUGGUCUUUUCCGGCCGCAGACUUGUGACUGGCGAAAAAUCACGGACUUUGUUGGAGAUCCACCCAAGAUGUACACUCGAAAAGCCAAUUCUCUCCACAGCAGCAGCUCUCCCACGUCUUCCCACUUCUCAUCUGUCCACCCCCGAAUCUCCCUUCUUUUGUCUUGUCUCGUAACUCUUCUUCUCCACAUCAUCACCAUUGAUAGAUCGGAAGAUAUGCAUUCUGAAGAUGCAGUCAAAAUUUGCUGUUUAGGGAGAGAGGUAAUUUCCUCUCUCCAUUCAUUCAAGUAUGGGCUUCAGAAAUCCUUCAGUAUCUCAUUCGGUAGAGUCUCUCCUUAA